UCUGACAGUGUAGCAAGAGGGGACAUGCUAUAUAGAGACCUCAGACUGAAGGUGAUGGCACUGAUGUGGAUUACAGUGAUGCUUUUUAAUAAAAUUGAUUCUGCACAGACAAAUUAUGUCAAUCAGCCAAAUCCAAUAAUCACUGCUGAAGUUGGUGAUAAAGUGACUCUGCACUGCUUUCGAAUGCAAGUGGAAAGCUCUGGAGUCAUCGUCUGGUACAAGCAAAAAGUAGGACAAGAGCCUUGUGUAAUGGUCACAGUUCAGCAGGAACCCAGUUAUGAAGAUGAGUUCAAGCCACCAAAAUUCAGCAUUGAGAAUGAAAAAAUGAGCUGCCAUUUAAAAAUUGCUAAUGUGGAGCCAUCAGAUGAAGCCAUGUAUUACUGUGGAUUUAUAACAUUUUCAACAACAUUUGGAAAAGGAACAUUUUUAUCAGUGAAAGGUGAUGAACAAGUAGAAGUCUCUGUGUUGCAGAACAGCAUGAUGAACUCGGUUCCUGCAGGAGCGUCAGUGACUCUGCAGUGCUCGGUUCUGUCUGAGAGCAGAGCAGCAGAUCUCCAAGUGCUCUGGUUCAGAGCUGCUCCAUCACAAUCCCAUCCACAAAUCAUUUACACUCAUCACAACAGCAGCCAUCAGUAUGAGAGCGGCUCUUCUACACACACCUGUGUGUACAACUUCUCCAAGAACAUCCUCAGCCUCAACGAUACUGGCACUUACUACUGCGCUGUGGCCGUGUGUGGGAAGAUUAUUUUUGGGAACGGGACACGAGUACAGUUGGAGAGAUCUGUGGAAUCUGUAGUGAUCUGCCUCGCUGUAGCUUUGGGACUGUGUGUGGUCGUGAUCUUUGCUUUGAUCUUUGUCCUAACCUAUAAAAGAAGAAACUAUGAACAACGCAGGGUGAAAUUAAAACAAGGUUCUGUGACAGACAAGACCCUCAAUCAGGACUGUGACAAUGUGGAGCUGAAUUACGCUGCCUUACAUUUCAAUGAGAGGAGAGCCAAAAGAGGAAAAGUAAAGAAACAACAACCUCAAGAUAUUAUAUAUUCUGAUGUGCGAGGUCCUUCUGUAACUUAAAUUUGAUCUCUAAUCUGAUUCAGUGUCAUUAGUUCUGCUAUCAGGUUUAAUUUGUUACUGUAGAUAUGUUUUUGUUAAUGAUUGUUCAGACUGAAUUUAAACUGAAUGAUGUAGAAGUCUCAAACUCACUGAAACACUGGAGCACUGAUUCUCCAAGGAGUCACAUGUGAAAGCAGUUUAAGGCAUAGUUGAGGGUGUGGAAUUUUUUUUUUUAAGCAUAAAAUUACCCUUUCUCUCAUCCUGUGUUAUGAAUGUUUUUAUUAAAAUGUUAGAAAUCUGUGCAUCCAGAGUAAGACUAGAGUCUUAACUCUUCCUUGUAGUUUUGUUGUCUUUUUGCAUUUGUAUUGUGUGGCAAAAAACAGCAAAUGGAACUUAAGCACACCUCGCACUCAGGGUGAGAUGGAUGGUGAGCUUUUAUUUUUGUCCAUGACACCACAGGGUAUUAAUAGGCAAAGACAAAACAAAAAGCACAACAGAAACUUUGCAGCUUUUCAGCAGUUCUGCCUAGGCUCACACUUCACACACACUGCCUCUGCUCACUGAGAGAGACAGAGAGAGAGAAAACAGCUUGUUCAUAUGCAUUCCCAGAACAGUGACAGGUGUACCACAUUAAUUUGCUGACUUCCUCAUACUUCUGCUGCAGACUUCUGCUAAACCACACCCCUACCUGCCACAUAAUAUAAGUGGAAACUAUCUGCCAUAGUAUGUAUGGAAUAAAAUGCUUGGGGCUGUGCUGUUAAAGGAAAUAAUCAGUGAUGUAGUGGUGUGAUAUGGCCUGACACAAAGCAGUGUUAGUACCUUAAGUUGAUUAUGUUCCUAUAACAACAUUUCCUGAAGUGUUUUAUUUCUUCUAUACCACAGCAAUUUGUCAGUGAUUACAAUUAUUUAAAUGUUACUGUUGCUUCCAUGUAUCCUUUAAUACUUUAUCCAUCUAAAGGUAAGACAUUUGGGGUCAUGCAUAUAAAAAAUGAAGCAAUAAUUUGUAACAGUAAAGGAACUGCAUUGUGUGACAUGAUAAUGGCACAAAGACCUUCAAGACAUUCAAACAAUUUAGAUAAAAAUGUAUUUUUUCUGUAAUUUACUUCUAACCUAUAAUUUAUGUACCAACAUUGUACUUUCAAAGUGACCUCAUCAGUCAAAAUCAUAA